CUGCUCCGCUUCAGUGGACUCUCACUGGUCUACCUGCUCUUCUUGCUGCUGCUGCCCUGGUUCCCUGGCCCCACCCGACACAGUCUCCGAGGUCACACAGGCCACCUCCUGCGGGCAUUGCUGGGCCUCAGCCUGCUCUUCCUGGUGGCCCAUCUCGCCCUCCAGAUCUGCCUGCACACUGUGCCCCACCUGGAUGAGCUCCUGGGACCCAGCUGCAGCCGCUGGGAGACCCUCUCGCGACACAUAGGGGUCACAAGGCUAGAUCUGAAGGACAUCCCCAAUGCCAUCCGGCUGGUGGCCCCUGACCUGGGCAUCUUGGUGGUCUCCUCUGUCUGCCUCGGCCUCUGCGGGCGCCUCGCAAGGAACACCCGGCAGAGCCCACGUCCACGGGAGCAGGAUGAUGACGAGAGGGAUGUGGAUGCCAGCCCCCCGGCAGGGCUGCAGGAAGCAGCAACACUGGCCCCUACACGGAGGUCACGGCUGGCCGCUCGUUUCCGAGUCACAGCCCACUGGCUGCUGGUGGCGGCGGGGCGGGUCCUGGCCGUAACGCUGCUUGCACUGGCAGGCAUCGCCCACCCCUCGGCCCUCUCCAGUGUCUACCUGCUGGUCUUCCUGGCCAUCUGCACCUGGUGGGCCUGCCACUUUCCCAUCAGCACUCGGGGCUUCAGCAGACUCUGCACCGCGGUGGGGUGCUUCGGCGCCGGCCAUCUCAUCUGCCUCUACUGCUACCAGACGCCCUUGGCACAGGCUCUGCUCCCGCCUGCCGGCAUCUGGGCUAGGGUGCUGGGUCUCAAGGACUUCGUGGGUCCCACCAACUGCUCCAGCCCCCACGCCCUGGUCCUCAACACCAGCCUGGACUGGCCCCUGUAUGCCAGCCCCGGCGUCCUGCUGCUGCUGUGCUACGCCAUGGCCUCUCUGCGCAAGCUCCGCGUGUACCGCCCCUCUGGCCAGAGGAAGGAGGCGGCAAACGGGGACGAGGCUCGGGAGCUGGAGCUAGCAGAGCUGGACCAGUGGCCCCAGGAUCGGGAGGCUGACCAGCACGUGGUACCCACAGCACCCGACACCGAGGCUGAUAACUGCAUCGUCCACGAGCUGACUGGCCAGAGCCCCCUCCGGCAGCGGCCUGUGCGGCCCAAGCGGGCUGAGCCCAGGGAGGCGUCCCCACUCCACAGCCUGGGCCACCUCAUCAUGGACCAGAGCUAUGUGUGCGCGCUCAUCGCCAUGAUGGUGUGGAGCAUCACUUACCACAGCUGGCUGACCUUCGUGCUGCUGCUCUGGGCCUGCCUCAUCUGGACGGUGCGCAGCCGCCACCAACUGGCCAUGCUGUGCUCGCCCUGCAUCCUGCUGUACGGGAUGACGCUGUGCUGCCUGCGCUACGCGUGGGCCAUGGACCUGCGCCCUGAGCUGCCCACCACCCUGGGCCCCGUCAGCCUGCGGCAGCUGGGACUGGAGCACACCCGCUACCCCUGCCUGGACCUUGGUGCCAUGUUGCUCUACACCUUGACCUUCUGGCUCCUGCUGCGCCAGUUUGUGAAAGAGAAGCUGCUGAAGUGGGCAGAGUCUCCAGCUGCACUGACGGAGGUCACCGUAGCAGACACAGAGCCCACGCGGACGCAGACGCUGUUGCAGAGCCUGGGGGAGCUGGUGAAGGGCAUCUACGCCAAGUACUGGAUCUACCUGUGUGCCGGCAUGUUCAUCGUGGUCAGCUUCGCCGGCCGCCUCGUGGUUUACAAGAUCGUCUACAUGUUCCUCUUCCUGCUCUGCCUCACCCUCUUCCAGGUCUACUACAGCCUGUGGCGGAAGCUCCUCAAGGCCUUCUGGUGGCUCGUGGUGGCCUACACCAUGCUGGUCCUCAUCGCCGUCUACACCUUCCAGUUCCAGGACUUCCCUGCCUACUGGCGCAACCUCACCGGCUUCACUGAUGAGCAGCUGGGGGACCUGGGCCUGGAGCAGUUCAGCGUGUCCGAGCUCUUCUCCAGCAUCCUGGUGCCCGGCUUCUUCCUGCUGGCCUGCAUCCUGCAGCUGCACUACUUCCACCGGCCCUUUAUGCAGCUCACCGACAUGGAGCACGUGUCCGCGCCUGGCAUGCGCCUCCCGUGCCGGACUCACAGGCAGGAUGCAGUGAGCGGGACCCCACUACUACAGGAGCAGCAGCAGCAAGAGGAGGAGGAGGAGGAGGAGCCCAGGGACGAGGGGCUGGGCGUGGCCACUCCCCACCAGGCCACACAGGUGCCUGAAGGUGCAGCCAAGUGGGGCCUGGUGGCCGAGCGGCUGCUGGAGCUGGCAGCCGGCUUCUCGGACGUCCUGUCACACGUGCAGGUGUUCCUGCGGCGGCUGCUGGAGCUUCACGUCUUCAAGCUGGUGGCCCUGUACACCGUCUGGGUGGCCCUGAAGGAGGUGUCGGUGAUGAACCUGCUGCUGGUGGUGCUGUGGGCCUUCGCCCUGCCCUACCCGCGCUUCCGACCCAUGGCCUCCUGCCUGUCCACCGUGUGGACCUGCGUCAUCAUUGUGUGUAAGAUGCUGUACCAGCUCAAGGUUGUCAACCCCCAGGAGUAUUCCAGCAACUGCACCGAGCCCUCCCCCAACAGCACCAACUUGCUGCCCACGGAGAUCAGCCAGUCCCUGCUGUACCGGGGGCCCGUGGACCCUGCCAACUGGUUUGGGGUGCGGAAAGGGUUCCCCAACCUGGGCUACAUCCAGAACCACCUGCAGGUCCUGCUGCUGCUGGUAUUCGAGGCCAUGGUGUACCGGCGCCAGGAGCACUACCGCCGGCAGCACCAGCUGGCCCCGCUGCCUGCCCAGGCCGUGUUCGCCAGCGGCACCCGCCAGCAGCUGGACCAGGAUCUGCUCGGCUGCCUCAAGUACUUCAUCAACUUCUUCUUCUACAAAUUCGGGCUGGAGAUCUGCUUCCUGAUGGCCGUGAACGUGAUCGGGCAGCGCAUGAACUUUAUGGUGACCCUGCACGGCUGCUGGCUGGUGGCCAUCCUCACCCGCAGGCACCGCCCGGCCAUCGCCCGCCUCUGGCCCAACUACUGCCUCUUCCUGGCGCUGUUCCUGCUGUACCAGUACCUGCUGUGCCUGGGGAUGCCCCCGGCCCUGUGCAUCGAUUACCCGUGGCGCUGGAGCCGGGCCGUCCCCAUGAACUCCGCACUCAUCAAGUGGCUAUACCUGCCUGAUUUCUUCCGGGCCCCCAACUCCACCAACCUCAUCAGCGACUUCCUCCUGCUGCUCUGCGCCUCCCAGCAGUGGCAGGUGUUCUCGGCUGAGCGCACGGAGGAGUGGCAGCGCAUGGCUGGCAUCAACACCGACCGCCUGGAGACGCUGCGGGGGGAGCCCAACCCCGUGCCCAACUUCAUCCACUGCAGGUCCUACCUCGACAUGCUGAAGGUGGCUGUCUUCCGGUACCUGUUCUGGCUGGUGCUGGUGGUGGUGUGUGGCACGGGGGCCACCCGCAUCAGCAUCUUCGGGCUGGGCUACCUGCUGGCCUGCUUCUACCUGCUGCUCUUCGGCACCGCCCUGCUGCAGAGGGACACGCGGGCCCGCCUCGUGCUGUGGGACUGCCUCAUUCUGUACAACGUCACCGUCAUCAUCUCCAAGAACAUGCUGUCGCUCCUGGCCUGCGUCUUCGUGGAGCAGAUGCAGACUGGCUUCUGCUGGGUCAUCCAGCUCUUCAGCCUUGUGUGCACCGUCAAGGGCUACUAUGACCCCAAGGAGAUGAUGGGCAGAGACCAAGACUGCCUGCUGCCCGUGGAGGAGGCUGGCAUCAUCUGGGACAGCGUCUGCUUCUUCUUCCUGCUGCUGCAGCGCCGCGUCUUCCUUAGCUAUUACUACCUGCACGUCCGGGCCGACCUCCAGGCCACCGCCCUCCUGGCCUCCAGGGGCUUCGCCCUCUACAAUGCUGCCAACCUCAAGAGCAUCGACUUCCACCGCAGGAUAGAGGAGAAGUCCCUGGCCCAGCUGAAAAGACAGAUGGAGCGUAUCCGUGCCAAGCAGGAGAAGCACAGGCAGGGCCGGGCGGACCGCACGCCCCAGGACACUCUGGGCCCCAAGGACCCCGGCCCGGAGCCAGGGCCCGACAGUCCAGGGGGCUCCUCCCCGCCACGGAGGCAGUGGUGGCGGCCCUGGCUGGACCACGCCACAGUCAUCCAUUCCGGGGACUACUUCCUGUUUGAGUCCGACAGCGAGGAAGAAGAGGAGGCUGCCCCUGAGGACCCUAGGCCGUCGGCACAGAGCGCCUUCCAGAUGGCGUACCAGGCGUGGGUGACCAACGCCCAGACGGUACUGAGGCGGCGGCAGCAGGAGCAGGAGCAGGCAAGGCAGGAGCAGGCAGGACAGCUACCCACAGGAGGUGGCCCCACGCAGGAGGUGGAGGCGGCAGAGGGCCCCGAGGAGGCAGCGGCAGGCCGCAGCCACAUGGUGCAGAGGGUGUUGAGCAUGGCGCAGUUCCUGUGGGUGCUGGGGCAGGCGCUGGUGGAUGGGCUGACGCAAUGGCUGCAGGAGUUCACCCGGCACCAUAGCACCAUGAGCGACGUGCUGCGGGCAGAGCGCUACCUCCUCACGCAGGAGCUCCUGCAGGGUGGCGAAGUGCACCGGGGCGUCUUGGAUCAGCUGUACGCAAGCCAGGCCGAGGCCACACUGCCAGGCCCCACCGAGGCCCCCAACGCAGCAAGCACCAUGUCCAGUGGGCUGGGCGCAGAGGAGCCGCUCAGCAGCAUGACAGACGACACGGGCAGCCCCCUGAGCACCGGCUACCACACGCGCAGUGGCAGUGAGGAGGCAGUCACCGACCCUGAGGAGCGCGAGGCUGGCGCCUCUCUGUACCAGCGACGGACGCGGACGGCCAGCGAGCUGCUCCUGGACAGGCGCCUGCACAUCUCAGAGCUGGAGGAGGCAGAGCUGUUUGUGGAGGGGCGGGGCCGGGCGCUGCGGCUGCUGUGGGCCGUGUACCAGUGCGUGGCCGCCCACUCGGAGCUGCUCUGCUACUUCAUCAUCAUCGUCAACCACAUGGUCACGGCCUCCGCCGGCUCCCUGGUGCUGCCCGUGCUUGUCUUCCUGUGGGCCAUGCUGUCCAUCCCGCGGCCCAGCAAGCGCUUCUGGAUGACGGCCUUCGUCUUCACCGAGGUCACAGUGGUCGUCAAGUACCUGUUCCAGUUUGGGUUCUUCCCCUGGAACAGCCACGUGGUGCUGCGGCGCUAUGAGAACAAGCCCUACUUCCCGCCCCGCAUCCUGGGCCUGGAGAAGACUGACGGCUACAUCAAGUACGACCUGGCGCAGCUCAUGGCCCUCUUCUUCCACCGCUCCCAGCUGCUGUGCUAUGGCCUCUGGGACCACGAGGACGACUCACCAUCCAAGGAGCAUGACAAGAGCAGCGAGAAGGAGCAGGGAGCCGAGGAGGGGCCAGGGUCCCUGCCGGGACCCCAGGUCAAGGCAGGCCCAGGGCUCCAGGAGGCGCCAGGGGUGCCUGGGGCCACCACCAAGGACCACGUUCAGGUGGAAGCGAGGGUCGGACCUACAGACGGGACCCCAGAACCCCAAGUGGAGCUCAGGCCCCGUGACACGAGGCGCAUCAGUCUACGUUUUAGAAGGAGGAAGAAGGAGGAGGAUCCAGCACGGAAAGGACCAGCAGCCAUCGAAGCUGAGGACAGGGAGGAAGAAGAGGCGGAGGAAGAGAAAGGGGCCCCUACGGAGAGAGAGAAGAGGCCAAGCCGCUCUGGAGGAAGAGUAAGGGCGGCCGGGCGGCGGCUGCAGGGCUUCUGCCUGUCCCUGGCCCAGGGCACAUACCGGCCGCUACGGCGCUUCUUCCACGACAUCCUGCACACCAAGUACCGCGCAGCCACCGACGUCUAUGCCCUCAUGUUCCUGGCUGAUGUUGUCGACUUCAUCAUCAUCAUUUUUGGCUUCUGGGCCUUUGGGAAGCACUCGGCGGCCACGGACAUCACGUCCUCCCUCUCAGACGACCAGGUACCCGAGGCCUUCCUGGUCAUGCUGUUGAUCCAGUUCAGUACCAUGGUGGUCGACCGCGCCCUCUACCUGCGCAAGACCGUGCUGGGCAAGCUGGCCUUCCAGGUGGCGCUGGUGCUGGCCAUCCACCUCUGGAUGUUCUUCAUCCUGCCCGCCGUCACUGAGAGGAUGUUCAGCCAGAAUGUGGUGGCCCAGCUGUGGUACUUCGUGAAAUGCAUCUACUUCGCCCUGUCCGCCUACCAGAUCCGCUGCGGCUACCCCACCCGCAUCCUCGGCAACUUCCUCACCAAGAAGUACAAUCAUCUCAACCUCUUCCUCUUCCAGGGGUUCCGGCUGGUGCCGUUCCUAGUGGAGCUGCGGGCAGUGAUGGACUGGGUGUGGACGGACACCACGCUGUCCCUGUCCAGCUGGAUGUGCGUGGAGGACAUCUAUGCCAACAUCUUCAUCAUCAAAUGCAGCCGAGAGACAGAGAAGAAAUACCCGCAGCCCAAAGGGCAGAAGAAGAAGAAGAUCGUCAAGUACGGCAUGGGUGGCCUCAUCAUCCUCUUCCUCAUCGCCAUCAUCUGGUUCCCACUGCUCUUCAUGUCGCUGGUGCGCUCCGUGGUCGGGGUCGUCAACCAGCCCAUCGAUGUCACCGUCACCCUCAAGCUGGGCGGCUAUGAGCCGCUGUUCACCAUGAGCGCCCAGCAGCCGUCCAUCAUCCCCUUCACGGCCCAGGCCUAUGAGGAGCUGUCCCGGCAGUUUGACCCCCAGCCGCUGGCCAUGCAGUUCAUCAGCCAGUACAGCCCUGAGGACAUUGUCACGGCACAGAUUGAGGGCAGCUCCGGGGCGCUGUGGCGCAUCAGCCCACCAAGCCGCGCCCAGAUGAAGCGGGAGCUCUACAACGGCACGGCCGACAUCACCCUGCGCUUCACCUGGAACUUCCAGAGGGACCUGGCCAAGGGAGGCACCGUGGAGUAUGCCAACGAGAAGCACAUGUUGGCCCUGGCCCCCAACAGCACUGCACGGCGGCAGCUGGCCAGCCUACUCGAGGGCACCUCGGACCAGUCUGUGGUCAUCCCCAAUCUCUUCCCCAAGUACAUCCGUGCCCCCAACGGGCCCGAAGCCAACCCUGUGAAGCAGCUGCAGCCCAAUGAGGAGGCCGACUAUCUCGGCGUGCGUAUCCAGCUGCGGAGGGAGCAGGGUGCGGGAGCCACCGGCUUCCUCGAAUGGUGGGUCAUCGAGCUGCAGGAGUGCCGGACCGACUGCAACCUGCUGCCCAUGGUCAUCUUCAGCGACAAGGUCAGCCCACCGAGCCUCGGCUUCCUGGCUGGCUACGGGAUCAUGGGGCUGUACGUGUCCAUCGUGCUGGUCAUCGGCAAGUUCGUGCGUGGAUUCUUCAGCGAGAUCUCGCACUCCAUUAUGUUCGAGGAGCUGCCGUGUGUGGACCGCAUCCUCAAGCUCUGCCAGGACAUCUUCCUGGUGCGGGAGACUCGGGAGCUGGAGCUGGAGGAGGAGUUGUACGCCAAGCUCAUCUUCCUCUACCGCUCACCAGAGACCAUGAUCAAGUGGACUCGGGAGAAGGAGUAGGAGCUGCUGCUGCGCCCGAGGGAAGGAGCCGGCCUGCUGGGCAGCGUGACCACAGGGGGCGGCACUCCUCAGGCCGGGGGAGCUGCUGCCCCGUCCAAGGCCGCCAGCUGUGAUGCAUCCUCCCGGCCUGCCUGAACCCUGAUGCUGCUGUCAGAGAAGGACACUGUCCCACGGCCUGCGUGGCGCUGCCGUCCCCCACGCGUACUGUAGAGUUUAAUUAAAAAUGUUUGUUUGUUUUAUUUAUACAAAU